CAUAUGAUAUUGUGCACAGGAAACAGUGACGUAUUACUCAAGCACAUGCGGAAAAAGGAGGAUGGCGAUAGACCUCCGAAAGAAUAAAGACGCCCUUCUUAAGGCUUACAACGAUGUUGUGGACGAUAAGUCGUCGACAGAUUGGAUGGUUAUGGGGUAUGAAGGACAGACAGCUAUCCUCAAACUGGUUGGAAGUGGAGAUGGAGGCAUUGAAGAAAUGACAGAAGACCUGAACAGCUCAAAGAUUAUGUAUGCAUAUUGUAAAGUUCUGGACCCAAAUACCAGUCUUUUCAAAUAUGUUUUGAUUAACUGGCAAGGAGAGGCGGCUCCGGAGUCAAUGAAGUUCAAGUGUACAAGUCAUCUACGAGAUGUGGCUGCAUUUCUAAGAGGAGUGCAUGUAACAGUGAACGCCCGGACAGAGGAGGAUGUUGACAGUGAUGACAUCAUAAAGAAAGUGGCCAAGGCCUCGGGGGCUAACUACAGCAUACAUCAGGAGAAACCCAAAGCUACGCCCCAAAAACCUGCUAAGAACGCCAAAAAGGAGGAUUCUCCUGGCCCUGUGGGUUCAGUUUACCAGAGAACAAUAGCAGCAAAAGACAUUAAUUCCCGAGCACGUGACAAGUUCUGGGCGGACACAGAGAAAGAGGAACAGAGACGUCUGGAGCAGGAAAAACAAAGGCGGUCAAAAGAACAACAGGAACUCGAUAGGGAAAGGCGAGAACGAGAGGCCCACGAAGCUCAGGAAAGAGAUAAGAUUGUAAACGAUAAGCUGAGAGCUGCUCGAGAACAAAAAGUCCGCGAAAGAAGGGCGAGUGAAAUUGAACGUGAUGAACAAAAGAAAAGAUGGACUGAUGAGACCAGUGAACAACAGCAGCAAGAGGCUUUCAAGGAGGAAGAGGAGCGGGGUAGGCGAAGCGAGGCUGUGAGGAAGGAGAGAGCAGCGGAAGCUGUACGCCUGACCAGCAGCAGCACUGCUAAUGCUAGAGCACUAUUCAAGAGACGAGAAUCUGAGACAGAUGAUCAUGUGUCAAGAGCUCCGCCACCUCCUAGAAAACUCCAGCAUAAUUUUUUCAAUCAGCAACAGGAGGAGGCACCAAAGAAACAACCCAUCCAGCUUCCCCGAGAAAAUCCACCCAAACCUGGACGCAGCUUUGCAGAACCAGAGCCCUCUGGGCCUUCGUUUUCCCCUCGACAGCCCUCCCCUCCCCCAAGGGAGCCCUCUCCUCCCAGACAACCCUCCCCACCCCCAAGGGAACCCUCUCCUCCCCCAAGAGAACCCUCCCCACCCCCUAGAGAACCAUCACCUCCUCCAAAAGCCCCAUCACCUCAGCUCCCUCGAGCCAGGAAUCUCCUGGCUGAGGGACUUCCUCCGAGGCAGGACUCCGACGAGGAAAACAACAACGAUGAUGACUGGGGAGAAGGCAAUUAUGCUAACUAUAAUGCUGAAGAGCCACAUAUCCCAGCAGUGCAGUCCCAUCUUCCACCCCCUGAUGAAGACCAGUUCUCUGCUCCACCCCCUGAUGAAGACCAGAAUACCCAGGAAAUGCACACACAGAAUGGUGACGUUCACACGGACCCAGAUCAGCAGCAGGUUCGAGAGAAAUACGGACUACAGCCAGAACAUGGGCUAUGUGCUGUAGCACUGUACGACUACCAAGCAGCUGAUGAAUCGGAAAUUUCAUUUGACCCAGAAGAUGUCAUCACAAAUAUUGACCUUAUCGAUGAGGGCUGGUGGACAGGCAUGGCUCCCAAUGGACAUUAUGGAAUGUUUCCAGCUAAUUAUGUGGAAAUGAUUCAGUAAUUAAAAGUACCAAGCUAUGCACUUGUAUGCAAAUCCUGCUGAUCCAACAGAUGUAUAAACUUUACUGUACUACAAAUUCGGUAACAGGAAGGGAUGAUAGAGGACAUUUAUUAUUGUAUUGAAUGAUUAGGACAAAAUAUUGAAUGAAGAGACAGAAAUUAUUUAUGCUUGAUUUCAUAAAGGAUAUUUACGUCUUUGCCAAAUGCAUUUGUUAAAAGAGAAAGUAACAGAACAUGGAAAAAUAGAGUGGGAGUACGAAGUCUAUUCUGGUUUGGUAGAAUGAAUUUGGAAUGAAAUUAAACAUGCACACAAAUGUACCCUGCUUUUGAUUAUAUAUAGAUAUCUCUUGCACUCAGUAUUCUAUCUGCCAAACGUAUCCCAUACUUUAUAGUGAAAGAGCUAGUUUUUAAAAGUACCUUUUGAACUUAAUAUACACUAUGAAUUUAAGCCACAUGUAAUGUGUUUGAUAAUGUAAUAUUAUGAUUGUAUUUUAUUAUGUUCUCUUGUGAAUUAACAAAUUUGAUAUGAUUUUUUUAAGCUAGUCCAACUUGUCUCCUAUGAAAAUCCAUAAUUGUAUGCCAAUAAAAUUUAAAGCUAGGAAGUUGUAGAUAAUUGUGGUUUUUUGUUUUUUUUUUGUGUACUAUUGUAAGUGUAAGUAGGUAUCUUAUUUUCACAAAUGUUAUUUUGUGUUGUGUGUAAGUGCUUAAAAUUGACUUUAUUUUUGUAAAAGUAAAUGUUGGACGAAUAUUUAUUUUUUUGUACAAUUUACAAAAACUGUUAAUUUUGUUUCCAUGUAUUGAUUUGUUUAUAAGCCGACAGAAUUUCAAGCAUUGCACACUAUCGUAUAUGUACAGUAAAACAUAGAUAUACAAUAAUAUCAAUAUAAUGAAUUCAUGCUUACAGUGAAGUGAUUUUCAUUCCCAGUAGUUUAAAACAUAUGAUGAACUUAUUGAAUAUAACAAAUAACAUUUAUAACAAAUCAAAAUUGUUCAUCCCCAGCUCUUCACUACAAGCAUGUUUUAUUGUAUCUGAUGAAUUUUUUGAGGUAGUCACAAUUGUUCAUGUCAAAAAUAUCAUCCACGGACAUUUCUUCCUGAACAUCAUCCACUGACGUUAUUUCCCAAACAUCAUCCACGGACGUUAUUUCCUGAACAUCAUCUACGGACGUUAUUUCCGAAACAUUAUCCACGGACGUUAUUUCCAUUCUGUCGUAAUCGUGAAUGCUAGAUGAUUGUAAUUUAUUUGUAAAGUUUUCCACAAAGAUUUAUAUAACUGUAUCCUUGUACUCCGGUUCAGAGACCAAAUAGUAUUAAUGUUAAAAGGGUACACAGUACCAAGAUAUGGUGUACAUCAAAUUUAAUGUUUGCAACUGUAGACAGAAGACCAUAAUCAUUGUGUAUGCAAGUUUGUCACUCGUUUAAACUUGAUUUUUAUGCAGCAUGUAGCAACUCUAUAAAGCGUAUAUGAAAUUUUUACAGUGUGCGUAAUGACAUUUGAUAAAAUCACUUGGAAAAAUAAUAUGAAUAAAGAUAUGGAAUGAC